AUGUUUAGCUUGAAUUGGUUUUCCGAAAACAUAUGCUGUCCAGCUGGAAACAAAGCACUCCUCUCUUCAAGAGGGCUUGGUGAAGAAGGUUUAUGCGUCCCAGAAGAUCAGCCGGCGCCUCAGUCUCAGAUUGCGAAAACUGUUCCUCAAAACGGAGUUGGUCCCGCCCCCAUCAUUCAAAGCACGACAAUGCUCCCAGUCUCAAGGUCCCAGAUCGUAAUCACCCAGAGCGCACUUAAAAAUCCUACUCAGCCAUCUGUCAUCGCCGGAAAUUCAUUAACUUUCUCUACCGUCAUCGCCACGACUAUUGCCCCUAUAAUAGUACCCCCUACGACUACUGUUCCCAGUAAUAAUCCAGUCACAUUUGCGAAUCCUAGUCCCACAGUUACCCCAUCAGCUACGGGAACCCCCUCUUCAGGUCCGCCACUCUCGAAAGUGUUACCUGGCAGCAUUAUAGGUGGUCUCAUUCCUUCAACAUUGCUAUACCUCCUAUACAAUUCCUGCAGUCAGAGUCAGGAUAGUUGUUCUCCAUCAGUGCCGUUCACGAGGAAAGGAGAUAACGGGUCCGGAAGUGCUCUGACGUACGGUGGUGGACAAACCAAUAACACAUACAAUUUUCCGGGUAGCAUGCCAGAAACUAGGGGAUCCAGUUGGGGGCAGCCGGAUGAGAUUGUUCCUAUUUUGCCCCCCGCCUGCGAGGAUCAACUCAAUGAAAAGUAG